GUGUCUUUUAUUUAACAACCUUAAGAUCGCGAUUUUAAUUAAAUCAUUAGUUAAAUAGAGAGGAGAAGUGAUAGAAAAAAAGAACACUCGGAAUGAUGUGUGGCACUGUGACUGUCGUGUAAUUUGGGGCUCACAGCUGAGUGAGAGACAUUUAUCGUGAAGAAGCCUCACUGUGGCUGAAGGAAAUUCAAUCUCAAGAAAAUUCGCCCCACCUCACAGGUUGCGUCAACGGAAGCCUCAAGCCGGUGGAGUUUGUCUCCCACUCAGUGGCCAUACCAGCCAGAUUGGACUCCGUGUUGUGGCCUUAUUCCACAUUCUAUUGAGAGUUCAAUAGCUUUUGCACCUGUGAAAAACACCUCAAGGGGCGUAUAAUUCUCGUGUGGAAGCAUCUCAGUGCAGAGAAUUAAAGUGGAAGGAUGAGCAAAUGGGUGAAGAGAGUGAGGAAAUUUUUCGUUCAGACGCGCAAAAGUGUUCAGAAAAGUGCUAAAAAGGUGAAGAAAUCCUUCAGGAUAGCUGAUGAGAGUUAUAUUGCAAUUAAGCGGGACCUACCGAUGAUCUACCGGGAACCAAACUAUGACUUCUACAUAAAUGUCUCCUUGCAUCCAACACUACUUUUGAGCAUAUAGCUGCGAUCCUUUCGGCGGUAUUCUGCAAAAUCUCGACACUUGACUGCAAAUUGGUAAUGCAAAAUGGCCUCAAUGAAGCGAAGAGCUCCAAAGUCAGGCCAAAGAACUCUGCUGAAGUGCAACACUGCUGUGUUGUUCUGCCACAGAAGGAAGUCACUGAGUCGAGAUUCUCCAGAUGUUCGAACUAUGAGGUCAACGGGUUGUCCUCCAUGCGUGUAGAGAAAUCUCUCAACUGCCACGUCAUCCACAUCAUCCACAGCAACUUCCUCCUUUUGGACUCUCUCAGCAACAUUCCUAAUACUCUGAGCUAUCUCAAUGCGCGACGUGUAGCCAACGGCGAAAUUGCACCGGAACUUCGUUUGAUCUGCUGUGGCAUCGGCGAGGAGUUCAGCAAACCUCUGAUGCUCCUGACUAAACAUCUUCAGUUCACCAAUGAACCGGAGACGAAUCCCCCUUGUCCUGUACUCCUCAACGCCGUCCAGCAUUUCUUGCAGAAGCACCAACAUGGCGUCCAUAAAUGGCGUAAGUUCCGCGGCAGGUCGUCGGAAAUUCUCCACACUGAAUGCAUAAACGGUCAACUCGGUGAUGCCAACAAAUUGAACCAUUUCCAGGAUACGGAAGAAUCUUCGGCUACCCAUUAAAUGCCCAUAAACCGGAUCCUGAUGGAGUUUCCGUGCAAAUCGCCUAUUGCCAUCCAUUACAAUAGCCAAGUGCCUGAGUUUGGGUCCAGAUGUAAUAAUUUGCAAAAGAACUUUCUGCCACCA